AUGUCCCUCGACAACCUUCCUCCAGAACUGAUUCUCCUUAUUUCUGACCACCUAGACUCUAAACCCCUUAAUGCUCUGAUUCAGACAGCCUCAUACUUUGCAAGGCUACUGGAUCCGGUCCUCCAAGACCGCGUCCUUGCCAAGUCUGAGUAUCAACAAAACCUCCUGGUUCGAGCAGCAAAGCUCGGUCACGAAGCGACGAUCCGCAAAAUCCACAAACGCGCACAGCACAGGAAGAAGGAGAUCUGUACACCUAUUAUGAUUGAGAUGCUGAUGUGGGCUACGACAUACCAGCAUACCCAGCUUAUGGAAUAUAUCCUUCGUGGCAUGAACACCGACGUCAACUCCAUGUCAGACGUGAAUGGAGAAAGAAGAACUCCAUUGCACGAGGCAGCACAGAAAGGUUACGAGGCGAGUACGCGCAAACUACUCGAGCUUGGAGCGGACAUUGAUGCUCUUGAUGAAGCAGGCCGGUCUGCCCUUCAUUUUGCAGUCGAGGACCCCUGUCAGGAGAGGUCAACGGCGGUGCUCGAGUUGACUCUAGAGCACGGGGCGAAUACUGAAGUUGGCGAACUGUAUGUUGGUAACAAGCCGUUGCACUGGGCCAUUACAGAUAAGGUCUGGGAUGGAAUGGAGGUGCUGUUGGACCAUGGGGCUGAUAUAGAAGCAUGCAAUGGAAGGGGCGAGACAGCUCUACAUGUUGCAGCGGCUGGAGGAACAUACAGUUCAGUGGCGCUCCUAAAUCGCCGUGGAAGUGAUAUCUUCGCUUUGACAAAUGCUGGACAUACGUGUUUGGAUCUGGCGGGAACACGUUUUGUAGCGGACUAUCUCCAGGAGCUGGGUGCCUUAACGGGGAAAGAGCUCAGAGAUCUGGUUAGUGUUCCUAGUUUGGUCCCUCGGUCAGGCCCGAAAUGA